CACCGUGGGAGCCACUCCACUUCACUUUAUUAAACCCGUUCGACGACGAUAAACUGAACGACAUUGCGGUCCUUCUUUCUGAGUUCUACGAAACGACGUCGUUGAUGCCCUCUCAAGUUUCACAGUUGGCAAUUGCUGUCAGUUAAAUUAGAACCUCCCUAAAGCCGAGCGCUCCAGCUUCUUCCUCCCGCUCACUAAUGGCUGUAACUUCUCUUUUUUAGGGUUUCAAUUUGUCUGUGCUAAAUUGAUUUUCGAGCUUUGCACUUCGGUUUUGAAUUUCAUUCUCUUUAUGUCUUCCACACCAAUGUCUAAUUACAGCUCGCUUCCUUCAACCUCCUAUACCGCUGGUUCUUACUUCAGUGCACGCGUCAAGACCACAGCUCAAUCCAUUUUCACCAAGCGCCGCCCAUGGGAGGAGGUCUUCGCUCUUUACUCCUUCAAUCGUCCUUUCACCUUUGGAGAAGCCACCAUGCGCAUAAAGCGCAACCUCAGUCACUUCCGCGUCAAUUACGCCCUUAUUGUUCUCGUAAUUCUCUUCCUUAGUCUUCUCUGGCACCCGAUAUCGAUGAUUGUCUUCUUGGCAGUAUUUGUCGCCUGGUUCUUCCUCUACUUCUUUCGGGACGAACCAGUGAUGGUUUUCAAUCGCCAAAUUGAUGAUCGGGUGAUUAUGCUUGCGCUUGGGUUGGUGACCAUUGUGGCCUUGAUUCUCACUGGCGUCUGGUUGAAUGUCCUGGUUUCUAUUUUGAUUGGGGCAGCAGUUGUUGGAUUGCACGCGGCGUUGAGGAGUACAGAAGAUUUGUAUGUGGAUGAGCAAGAGGCCUCCGAUGGAGGGCUCCUCUCAGUUGUAGGUAGCCCCCCCAAGCGAACAGGAUACACCAGGGUUUAGGUUUUUCUUUUCUUUUUUUCAGUUGUGGGUUCGCUGGAUUGGGGAGCUUCACGAUUUAAAUAGGAUAAAGUGUUGUGCAAUCCUGCUGGCACGAGUGAUAAAAACUUGCUAUCGUUGUUUUUCAUAUAGUUGUCUGGAUAGGGUAACCGUUUUGCAGUUUGAGUUCCAAAGCAAUGUGUACCUUGAUUUGAGAGGUUUGUUUUUGUGAUAGAAUCAAUCAUCUCUUCUUUUUAUUACUCAUUCA